AAGGAAGCAACGCCACUCAAUCAAAUCAAUCAUUUAAUGUCAAAGACUUUUUAGUCCAUGAUGUUCAUUAUUUAGCACAACCCACCACCACCACCACCGUCUUCUACUCCUAAUUAAUUCCACUAUGAGUUUCCUCCAAAAAUUAUGGGACGACACCCUGGCCGGUCCGGCGCCGGAUUCCGGCCUCAGCCGUCUCCGUAAGUACAAUUCCUUCUCCGCCUCUAGAUCUCCGCCCAUGUUAUCAAACGACGCCGUCUCUAAUCUUCCUCCAAGAAUCGAAAUCCCCAGCCCCACGCUCUCCCAGGCCUCCUUCCCUGAAUCCCCGAUCGCCCCUUCAACUCCGCGGACUCCACCGUCAACUCCUCCGGAGACACCGAGAGGGGACCACGUGAAGAGACUCACCAGAAGAAGAACCAUUGAUUACCCUCCCCGCCGCCGCCCUCUCGAAGGACCUGAACAAACCAGCCCAUCUGUUUAUGAUUGGAUUGUAAUAACUGCAUUAGAUCGUUGACCGAUAGAGGAGAACAACGGAACGGAGGUGAGGAAGAACAAAAUGAACGUUUCUAAUUUCACUGUUUUUUUUUUUUUUUUUUUUUUUUU